AUGCUGCCGCGGUUGGUCUGGUUCCUGACCUAUCCGACAAGAGUGACGACAUUCUAUCAGAAUGAAGAGGCUUUCAGUGAUUACUGUGGCCGGGCAGCCGCACUUGCAUCGAUGCUUCCUGGGCCGCUGGACGCAUUGAGCAGCGAUCUGGACUUUGUGGGGAUGCAGGUGAUCCUGCGACAUGGUGCGCGGACGACUGCAUGUGAUCUGAGUUGCGUGCAUCCCAUCCGCUCUCCCAGCAACUUGUCGAGCUGCCACCUGAAGCCGAUGGGUGGUGUGGACUGGUCAGAGGGCUCCGCCGCAAUCCCUAAGCAGUACCACAACACUUACGGGACCGAACCUGCCUUGGAGAGCACAUGUGUCAAAGGACAGUUGCUGGAUGAAGCUGUGGACCAGUUUCGUGCACUGGCAGACAAGCUGACCCAGUCCUACUUGUCGAAGCUUCCGCAGAAGGAAGAGCUCCGGAGCAAGGUCCAGCUCUUCUCUGUCGACGUCGAGCGCAUGAUGGCUUCGCUGAUCCUCCUCCAACACUUCCUGUUCGGGGCCUCAAGUGCAGGCCUUGUCGUUGAGACUCAACCAGCAGAUAUAGAUCCCUGGCACAUGUCGGCCACGUGCCCGCGAGGGCAGCAGGCGAAGGCCAGAAAAUCUGCUGUCGCCAUGGAGAAUGCCCGGCGCCAUCCUGAUUUUCUUGCAAAGUGGCGGUCACUUGCUGGCGCUGAGUUCACUCACGACACUUGGGACUGCUUAGAGGUGGCACUCUGUACAAACCAGUCCUUCUUGCAGCUGCCUCCACAGCUUCAGCCGGAUUCCGAUCUUUUUCAUGAGGCGCUGAAGAUCAGUGCCGCCAUGGUCCAGGCGUCGUACUUGCAGGAUGUGUUCGAGUACACUCUGCUUGCUGCUCCAGCCCUCCUGGAGAUGAGAGACUAUGCAGAGAAGCAGGCGCUGGGCAAGGUGCCGCCACUCUCCUUGCGGGUGGUCGGGGACACGAUGAUCGUGCCGCUGCUGCUGGGUCUGCAGGCAUGGGACGGUGCUUGGCCUCACUACGCGGAAGCUCUCGUGCUAGAGGUCUAUCGGAGCAAAGAACCCGUGCGAAAGACGAAGGUGCGCCUGUUGAGGCGUGGCGAGGCCGUGCUGGCCUGCCAGGAGGAUGGCCACAGAGGCUUAUGUGCCAUUGAGGACCUACUGCCGCAGAACAUAGUCCAAUUGCAAGAUCCCGUCCGAUAUGCGCACCAGUGUGAGCUGGAUGCAAAGGAGCCUGUAGUGCUGAAGGCAGGGGAGCCAGUCAUGCAGGUUCUGUCGUCAGGUGGAGUGGCUCUUCUCAUCGCUUUGGCGUUUCUGGCUGGACACUGCCAUGGGCGCCGUUCAUCCGACUUAGUGCUCGCGAUUCGUAUUCCCCUGUUGAGUAGCACAUGUAGCGCGGACAUGCGCUGA